UUUGUAUAUCUCGCCAAGGUUUGCUCUUAAUGCCACUUGUGUAUUUAAGGUCGCAUUAACCCCUCACACAUAGCCUACUUUCUGGCUGGAAACUCCUUUCUGCUUCUUUUGCAAUACUGUGCCGUGCUGUAUUGCGUGACUCUGUGUUUCCAGUGCCAUGUACUGGUUUUUGUAUAUGCUAAAUUAACUUUCCCCCUCUCUCUUUAGUGUCUCUCCCUCUCUUUCUCUCUCAUCUUGAAGGGUUAGUGCUAAUGUUCUGCAAGUGCCCUAACUGUUACUAUGCAACACUUACAGGCCUCACUAUGCAACACCUUUUACUUUUAUUCCCUCGCUCACUCUUUCCUUUACCCCGGAGAGAAAGAAGGGGGAGCGUCAGUAAAUGAAAAAAGUUUGGAAAGGCUGGAAAUAACAGCCUGUUGUCUCAGGAGCGAAGUUUGAAAUGUGUACAGUAGCCUAUAUGGUAAAUCUGUGCAAUGCUAUGCGUUUCAGAAAAGCUUCCCCCUUUACAUUCGCAUGCAAAUAACGUUUAUUUAUUCCUCAUAUAACGGGCUUGAAAGAAAGGCAGAGUUAUGAAACUCAGAUUGACCGAUAUAAAAUGAAACAAUGGGCUUUUAAACUUUUGCAGCGAUUAGAGGGGAAGAGAUCUGCAGAUGAAAAGAUAAAAAGAUGGAUGAUUUGAUUGGCACAGAUCGCUUAACGGGAUGGGGCAGAGGAAGAGAGAUAGUAGCAGGAUGGACGCGGAGAGAUAGACGAAGAAAAUGCUAUUGCCAGAGAGAAGAAAAUAAAAACAACGAAACUUUUUUUUAUGAAAAACAAAUCGCAAGAAGAGACGCAGACAGAGGCGGGAGGCGCGCGCUGAAGAGAAGGCGCGUGCGUGCGUGUGUGUGAGUGAGAGAGAGAGUGUGUGUUUUUAUGAAUGAAGUGGUGACUCAGGAUGUGUCAUACCCCCGUCUUUAUAAAGGAAGUUUUAAACAAGCCUAAACAUUUCACUUCGCGAAAAAUUAGACUUACACAUACUCGCAUCCCUCUCUGUCUGUCUCUCCCUAAAUACACCUCAUCUCUCCCUCACCGUGUAUCUUUCCAUCCUCACUCGCGUUUAACACUUAACAACACAUUGGGACUGAAUAGAGGCUUUAUCUGGGAGCAACUUUUGCUGCUUUUCCUUGUUCUUGCUAAUUCUGCACUUUUGACAUUCAUUCAUUUUCCUCCUCCUCACACUCUGCACUGUCUCGAGCGGUUCACGCGGACACAGGGAGAGAGACAAGAACUUUGGAGCACGUGACAAUAUCUGGAACCUCAUUUAUUUACAAGUUUAUUUAUUUAUUUAUUUAUUUUCACGUUUAUUUAUUUGCAACUUAUCUACCUUUUUUAUCAAAGACUUGGACAAAUAUGAAAUUGCUGGGUGACUCCUCUUCGCUGCUCCUCUCACUGCUGUUGGCUCAGCUGCAUCUCUUAACGUCGGCCUUCCCUUCCCGGAGAUUUCAUCCUGACUUUGACAAGCUGACCAAUCAGACCAGACACCUUCUCAAGCUGACUCAGGAUCUACUGAAAGAUCCCGUGUUUGGCACAGAGGUUGAUCACCACAGGUUCAAGUCUCUUCCAGCGAUCAAUAGCAAAGUCGGUGACCUUAACAAUCUGGAGUUCAAGCCUACACUUUCUCAACUCCAUGCAGACCUAAAGUCAUUUGAGCAUCAUUUUGAGUGGCUGAACAGAAUAACACGCAGACAGCAACACAGCUCAGUCCCAAAGUUGACAGACAUGAUCUCUCAUAUUAAAAGCCUUAUAAACUCCUUACAGCGUCAGAUGACACGAGCAGAGGCUCCCCGGAUCCCCGUCCCCUCUCCAUCGCUCCCACCUACUCCCGCUUACCACUGGGAAGUGGUUCAGUCGUCCCAGGAACUCCUGCAGCAGUUCAGACUCUUCUGUGAUUGGGCAUCACGAGUGUUCCUUACUCUUAAAUCUAAAUUGCCAGCAUGAAGAUACACUCAAACAACAUCUGGCAGUGAAUUACAAUACAGCAUAGACGGCCAGGACUCGGUGACCAACCAGCCAGUUCCUUGAUCUGCACGACGGACUUAAGCAGUAUUGGUAUUAAUGGUAUUAAUGUUGAUAAAAAAUCAAUAUUAGUGAUGCCAUUACUAGUCCACUGGCACAUUGCACCAGCAGUUCAAACUUAAAGGCUAGGUCACAUGGCUGGAUAUUGAGAUCUUUAUCAGUGAAGAAGUCUGAUCAUGAACUUACAGUUCAAUGUACCUGCUCCGGUCGACACCCUGCUUUUGAUGUUUCAUUUAACUUUAAACCUUUAUUUGCCUUUUUUAUACCAUUUUUUCCCUGUUAUUUAUGUAUUUAUUUAUUUAUUAAUUAGUUAUUUAUUGUAUACUAUUUAUUUGAUUUUCUCUAUAAAUAUGUCAACAAAAUUGUCAACGUUCUUUAGGUCAGAAAGUAAAGUGUACUUUCUUUCUUACUUUGAUUUCUGUCUAUCCUAAAGCCUUUCCUGUAUCACACAAAAAAACACAUCACCAACUUUUUCUGUUUCUGAUUUUCUUUUUCACUGUUGCCUGUAGGUUACAAUACUCUGCCACUAUGUAGCAAUAUUUUGGGGAGUUUAAUUUUUCUCAGUGCUGGAUGAAAGAGAACUAGUAUUGACCUAAACUUUGCUUGUCUUUCUUUGUUGUUGUUGUUUCUAUUUGCACAUCAUACUGGGGUUUAUAUUUCUAAAUCUGUUCUGUGAUUCAGGAACAUGCUUUAAAAAACCUUAGUUCAAGCAACAUCAAGGAGAAACAGACAACCCAAGCCUUAAAAUACUAUGUAUUGUGAAACUUUGGUACUGUACAUAGAUGUUCCUGAAUGUAAAUUGGUGUAUACAAUGCAAUUUUGUAUGAUAUAGUUUUCUACAAUUCAAGGUUUAGUGCUUUAUCAAUAUAUUGCAAAACAAUAUUAUUUUAGUUUUCUUUCUACUUAUUAAGAUUUUGGAUCAGUAUUUACUAUUUAUUGCUAUUAUUAUAAUAAUUAUUGUAAUUAAUAUUAAUAUUAAAAAGUUAUUAUUUUGAAAAUUAUUUAUUUUUUACUGUUGAAUAUUAAGUCUUAUGACGUUUUGUACCUUUUGUACUACUUAUUAUCAAUCAUCUCUAUUUAGGUCCGUUUUCAUGUCUACUUAAUCUGAAAAUUUCUACAUAUUUGUGCACUAAAAAUUCAGAAACUUACUUUGUUUAUCUGUUUGCUUUGUGGGAGAGACAAUAAAGAAAUUGACAUGAGAAUUUAAGAAA